CUUUUCCGUGUGUGACGACGAACCACUUUACCUGCUGGGUUGAGGUUGUGAUCAGCUCUGCACAAUCCAACAUGGCGGCGUCCUGUAGACUCGUACUUCGCAACGCAAACUUAUUGCAUCAGACGUCUACUGCAGUUUAUUUGAAGACCAGCAUUCGUAGUUUGUCAACAGGCUUUUCCAGGAAUGCUAAGAUUUACGACAGCCCGCAGGAGGCAUUGAAGGACAUCCCAGAUAACUCAACUCUCCUGGUUGGAGGGUUUGGUUUAUGUGGGAUACCAGAAAAUCUCAUCAAUGGUCUGUUGGAAUCAGGAGUUAAAGACAUCACUGCAGUCAGUAACAAUGCUGGUGUGGAUGAUUUUGGGCUCGGUCUCCUGCUGAAGACCAAGCAGAUUAAGCGGAUGGUCUCAUCCUACGUCGGAGAGAAUGCAGAGUUUGAGAGACAGUAUCUCUCCGGAGAACUGGAAGUUGAACUCACACCACAGGGUACCCUAGCAGAGAGAAUCCGUGCUGGUGGAGCGGGUAUACCAGCCUUCUUCACCCCAACAGCCUUUGGGACCUUGGUGCAUUUAGGAGGAGCACCGAUCAAAUACGGUGAUGGAGGCACUGUAGAGAUCACAAGCGAACCCAGAGAGGCGAGGCAGUUCAAUGGAAGAGACUUCAUUAUGGAGAAGGCAAUAACUGGUGACUUUGCCCUCAUCAAGGCAUGGAAAGCAGACCGAGCUGGCAACCUCAUCUUCAGAAAAACCGCUAGGAAUUUCAACCCCGCCAUGGCACGGGCUGCCAAAGUCACCAUAGCUGAGGUUGAGGAAAUCGUGGACGUUGGAACCUUUGCCCCCGAUGACAUCCACGUACCCAGCAUCUAUGUCCAUCGAAUCGUCAAGGGAGAGAAGUUUGAGAAAAGAAUAGAGAGGCUAACGCUGAGGAAAGAUGAAGCAAGUGAAGAGAACAAGUCUGAAGCAGCGAUGAUGAGAGAGAGAAUUAUCCGAAGAGCAGCGCUGGAGUUCACAGACGGAAUGUAUGCUAAUCUCGGUAUCGGAAUGCCAAUGCUGGCUAGUAAUUACAUCAAACCUGGUGUUAAGGUUCUUUUACAGAGUGAGAAUGGCGUACUCGGAUUGGGUCCAUUUCCAAGGAAGGGUGAGGAAGAUGCCGAUCUGAUCAAUGCUGGUAAGGAGACGGUAACCGUCCUCCCUGGUGCCUCGUUCUUCUCUAGUGACGACUCCUUUGCAAUGAUUAGAGGGGGUCAUGUUGAUCUGACGGUUCUCGGUGCUAUGCAAGUUUCUAAAUAUGGAGAUCUGGCCAACUGGAUGAUACCGGGUAAGAUGGUGAAGGGGAUGGGCGGAGCUAUGGAUCUGGUCUCGGCAGAUCGCACCAAAGUAGUCGUGACCAUGGAGCACCAGGCCAAAGGAGGAAAGCAUAAAAUCUUAGACUCCUGCACUCUACCUCUGACGGGUACGCAGUGCGUGGAUAGAAUCAUCACUGAAAUGUGUGUCUUUGACGUAGACAGCGAGACAGGCUUAACGCUGAUUGAGAUUGCAGAGGGUGCGACGAUACAGGACGUUAUCGAGGCAACUGGCUGCGAGUUUGAAGUCUCAGCUGAUCUGAAACCGAUGGAACAGAUAUGAUUAUGAGGAUCAUCAUGGUGGACUAUUUCCUCUUAAUCUGUACAGACGCAUGUACAUCCAUUUGAUGGUAGUGUGUGCUUAGUAAUAUCCAAAUAUGCAUGUAUAAAGAAAUGCCAAGCGUCGGCUCAGAAAUAUAAGGUCCUUAUUGCAAUUUGUAUGGAUUUCUUAAGCCUUUUGCAUAUUUUUGAAAUCCAGGUAAAAGGGGUUUAUCGAUCUUUGAGAUGUAUGUGUUUGGCAAAAAGAUUUUCUGUGCAGAUCUGUAUUCUUGAUUUAAAAUGUCGUAAUAUUGUUUUCAGUUUUUAUAUUUUCUAGUUAAAAAACUGCAGUGGUAUGUCAUUACUGCUGGGUAACAUUUCACAACUUACAUUAACUCUUUAAAACACCUUAGCGGCCGUGAACGGCUUGUGCCAAAAUACAUAGCGGCCGCAAAUGGCUGCAGGAUCUGACCUACUUCCACCCAACCGAAAUAGUCAAAGGUCAUGACCUACAUUGAUAUUUUUCAAUGUUUAAGACAGUAUUAUAUUAUAUAUUAUAUUCUCUCUGUUUCUAAAACAAACCGAAUUACUUGAUAAUUUUGUUUCCAGGCAUUUUAACAAUGCGAAAGUAUUUCAAGUGAUUAUACAGAAAUGGUCCUAAAAGUGUUUUUAUUUUGUAUGUACCCCAGGCAAAUUCUUCCAACAUUUGCGUUUUUGCCACUUUACCAAACUUUAACGGGUGUUUACAAGCAGGGUUCAAUUCCACAUAGAGCUAAGAUUGAUCUUAACUGCUAAUACAAUCUUAAUUGCUAAGCAAUGUGUGAUGCCCAAACACAUCUUGGUGCUUUGUGGGUACACAAUUGUGGAGAAUUACAGUAAAAUGCCCAGAAAAACUGGUCAUUCGAUUAUAAGUACCAAUCAUUUUUUGUGAGGUUAAUUUGGUUUUUAAGUAUAAUCAUGGAUGAAUAAAAGAUUUUGAAAUAACAAUGUAUAAAAGAACUGGAGAUAUACUAAAUUAUUUGUAUAAAUAUUGUAGCACUUCAUCCACAGACGUCUCAGAAUAAUAUUAAUAACA